AUGAGCUGAAAUAUAAUUGUCAAUAAUUCUCUCCAUAAUUAAAUUAUAAACAUGAUCAUUCUCAUUUUCUUCCUCCUUUCAAUAUUAUUCAUCACCUUCCUGAUCACAAGAUACAAACGUGUCAAACAUCGGCCACCUCUUCCUCCGGGCCCCAAACCCUUGCCCUACAUAGGGAGCUUAAUCACCAUGCUUCGGAACAGGCCUACGUUCAGAUGGAUACAUAGGAUGAUGGACGAAAUGAACACCAAGAUCAUUUGCAUUCGUGUUGGAAAUGUCCAUGUUAUAGCCGUGAGUGACGCAAAGAUUGCUUGUGAGUUCUUGAAAGAUAAAGAUGAGAUAUUUUCAUCAAGACCCGAAAGCAUGUCAAGCUAUCUCACCAGCAAGGGUUACCUGGAUGCUGCUCUUGUUACAACGGCCGGUGAUUACUGGAAGCAGUUGAGAAGAAUUCUAGCUACCAAGAUUCUUUCGGAGAGUAGACUUAAGUGGCUUAAAAACAAGCGAGACGCCGAAGCUGAUCAUCUGAUAAGGUACAUUUAUAAACAGUGUGACACCAAAGGGGUGAUGAAUGUGAGGAGCAUUGCGAAACAAUACACAGGUAAUGUCAUAAAAAAUAUGGCGUUCGGUAGUAGGUAUAUUGGUAAGGGGAAUGCAGAUGGUGGUCUUGGAGAAGAAGAUAUUGAACAUUCUAAUUCAUUAGCGGUUAUUCCUCUUCAUGUUUUUGCAUUCUGUGCGACUGAUUACUUUCCAUGGUUACGUUGGAGAACUGAUUUCGAUGGCCAUGAAAGAAUCAUCAGGAAUGCUCUUGGUAUUAUAAGAAAGUAUCAAGAUCCUUUGAUUGAUGAAAGAAUUCAACGAUGGAAAGAUGGCGUUCGGACAGAAGAAAAUGACUUGCUAGAUGUUUACAUUAACCUCAGAAAUCCUAGACUAACUUCAGAUCAGAUAAAAGCCCAGAUGCUUGAUCUGAUGCUAGCAAGUUUUGAUAAUACAUCAAACUGCGUCGAAUGGGCAAUAGCUGAAAUGAUAAAGGAACCUAAGAUAUUCGAAAAGGCAGUCCAUGAGCUUGAUUUAGUAGUCGGAAAAGACAGACUAGUGCAAGAAUCCGAUUUGGUUCAUCUUAACUAUAUCAAAGCUUGUCUAAGGGAAGCUUUCAGGCUACACCCUGUAUCACCAUUCAACCUUCCUCAUGUGUCAUCUGUCGACACUGUUGUUGCAGGGUACUUUAUACCAAAAGGUAGUCAUCUGUUAGUGAGCCGACGUGGGCUAGGACGGGACCCUGAGAUUUGGGAUGACCCGCUCAAAUUCAAUCCAGAUCGUCACAUAAACGGUGAUAAUGAAGUUGUGUUAACAGACAACAACCUUCACUUAUUGUCAUUUGGUACUGGUCGACGUGGGUGCCCUGGAGUAGUUUUGGGCUCAACCAUUACCGUAAUGCUGAUGGCUAGACUCGUUCAAGGGUUUACUUGGGAGUUGCCACCCAAUGAACCCCAUGUGGAUCUAAACGAGAACGUGCGUAAUUUAUGGAAGGCUAAGCCAUUGUUGGCUCUAGUCAAGCCGCGUCUACCGCAACAUCUUUAUACCACAAGUACUUAGCUUGUGUGUUUCAAAUUUCAUAUAUACCCUUCCUAAACCUUUACAUAUAUCAUGCAUAUAUCCAAAACAUGUUUCUUGAUCAUUGUACAUGAUGCAUUGAAAUUUGUGCUUUGGGUAUACAUGAUAUUUAAAUGGUUUAGAAAGGAAAUGUAUGAAUUAUUCGGUUCCAAAUUUGGCUUUAAUUAGAUUGUACCAUGAGUUGCAAGGUUGGAUGAUGUUUUGUAUACUUUCUAAUAAUGGAAAUUAAUAAAAU